AUGGGACUGCCUGGUUUUCCUGGGCCAGCAGGUAUGAAAGGUCAUCAGGGUGAUCAAGGACCCGUUGGACCUCCUGGCUUAGUGGGGUUACCUGGAUUUCAAGGCGCAACAGGCGUGGCAAUUACUGGCCCAAAAGGGAACAGAGGUAUUGCUGGUGCAGAUGGAAGACCAGGUGCUCCUGGUUUUCCAGGGCCUCCUGGUCUUCCCACUCCCAGCGUGAAAGGAAGCAAAGGUGUUAGAGGGGCAGAUGGCAUACCAGGGCCAACAGGCCCAGCUGGCGACACUGGGCCUCCCGGUCCAAAAGGAGUAGAAGGUCGAUCAGGUUAUCCUGGUGCUAGAGGGGACCCUGGAUUUCUUGGAUUCCCAGGUGUAAAAGGAGAAAAGGGUAAUCAAGGACCCCCUGGACCACAGGGUGCAGAAGGGCCAAGGGGACCAAAGGGCCAGCGUGGUCCACCUGGAGUCCCUGGGAGAAUAUUCUCUGUCCCAGGAAGCAAGGGUCCUCCUGGACUGCCAGGAAUCCCAGGAACACCAGGUGAUCAAGGAAUUCAAGGGAUUCCUGGACUACAAGGACCUAAAGGAGUAAAAGGUCUACAAGGAAGUUUUGGUCAUCCAGGUAAACCAGGACUGCCUGGUCCAAAAGGAGACAGAGGAUUUCCAGGACAAAGAGGAAGACCUGGACUGAUUGGCUUUCCAGGUCUACAGGGAUUACCUGGAUUACCAGGUACUAUUACUGCUGGUCCAACCAGAAGAGGUUUUAUCUUUACCCGGCAUAGUCAAUCAACAAAGAUUCCUUCAUGCCCACAUGGGACAUCACAGAUCUAUGUUGGCUAUUCGCUGCUUUUUGUACAAGGAAAUGAACGAGCACAUGGACAAGAUCUUGGAACAGCUGGUAGCUGCUUGCAGAGAUUUACCACCAUGCCAUUCUUAUUCUGUAACACCAAUGAUGUUUGUAGUUUUGCUUCUCGCAAUGACUAUUCAUACUGGCUGUCAACUGCAGCAGUAAUGCCAGUAGACAUGGCACCGAUUUCUGGCAGGGCCCUAGAGCCCCAUAUAAGCAGAUGCGUUGUCUGUGAAGGAGCUGCAAUGGUAAUAGCAGUUCACAGCCAAACAACUGUAGUUCCUGCAUGUCCAGAAGGCUGGAUAUCUCUCUGGAAGGGUUUUUCUUUUGUUAUGUAUACGAGUGCGGGCUCAGAAGCUUCUGGCCAAGCAUUGGCAUCUCCUGGAUCUUGUUUGGAAGAAUUUCGAGCCAUCCCGUUCAUAGAGUGCCAUGGCAGGGGGACGUGCAACUACUACACAAACUCCUACAGCUUCUGGUUAGCAUCAUUAAAUCCAAGAAGAAUGUUCAGGAAACCUCUGUCACAGACUCUGAAAGCAGGAGAACUAGAAGAUAUCAUCAGCCGUUGUCAGGUCUGCAUGAAGAGACCAGUCUAA